AAGAAACUUUUACGAAAACGACGCUCUCUCUGGAUCGCUCGUCCCUGUUCUGCAUCGGCGUAAGAUGCAGUUCUACAGCCAGCAAUUCGAGCAGAAGCCACACCAUCAGAUUCGCAAGCACAGCCUCGACGAGGUCCCUAGAUCCGCCAAGUUUGUCACUGUAUCCGUUUACUUCGGAUUCCUCCUCCGACGAGUUCUCUACCGCAGGAGGAAUCCGAGCUUUAGCGUCCACCGAGAAAGAUUCACUAUCUCCGACGGCAAACCAGGCCUGCGACCUUGAGACAGAGACAGAGACAGAGACAAAGCGAGAGAGAAAAUGGGUUUCUUCUCUUUUCUUGGAAGAGUUCUCUUCGCCUCUCUAUUCAUCCUCUCCGCUUGGCAAAUGUUCAAUGACUUUGGAGCUGACGGUGGUCCAGCGGCUAAAGAGUUGGCUCCGAAGCUUGAUCUGACCAAAGCACAUCUCUCUUCCAGAUUCGGAGUAGCAUUGCCCGACAUAGAGGUGAAACAAGUCGUAUGGGCAAUUGUUGCUCUGAAAGGACUCGGAGGCUUACUCUUUGUUAUUGGCAACAUGUUCCACAAGCAGGAUGGGACAAACUAUUCAUAUCUUUCAUUCCUGCUGACUCUGUAAAAGCUACAGCAAAGACAACAAAAGCGCUUCACUGGUUCUGCAGUGUCACUAGCCACUUCACUGGUUCCAGAUGUUUUCUCGAAGUUGCUUUGGUUUAGUAUUAGUAUAAGUAUCUUCUUAGUAUUAGUAUGUACUAGUGUAUCUUUGUGAUCUAGGUUGGUAAUACUUUGAUUACUAUAAUAGUAUUAUUGAUUACUUUUGUAUUUGUGAAAAUUAAUACAGUGUUCUGAUAGUGUUAUG